GCGGCUACAUAGUUGAUUAGCGGCUGCGUGGCUCCUCCUCUUCCUUUUCGCGAGCUGCGAGUUAGACAAGAUGGGUCACCAGCAGUUGUACUGGAGCCAUCCAAGGAAAUUUGGCCAAGGAUCCCGCUCCUGCCGUGUAUGCUCAAACAGACAUGGACUGAUCCGGAAAUAUGGAUUGAACAUGUGCCGUCAGUGCUUCCGACAGUAUGCUAAGGAUAUUGGCUUUGUAAAGCUUGACUAAACAUCAUUGAUCUGGCAAGAUGGAAUAAAAUUAAUGGAAGACCAUACACAACCAUUUGGCACCAUUCGGAACUUCUGAAAACAUCACUGUUUUGUAUAUAAAUAAAAAUGGUGUAGCCUUCAAAAA